AGAAAGUCAACAAAUGGGCUAUCACCGAUUCAGAAAAUGAGAUCAAAGAAGGAAGUUGUUGCUGUGCUUGAAAAUAUUUUUGGAUAACCCAUUACUACCUUUCCAUUCCAUUCCUCUCUCUCUCUCUCUCCAAUUCGAUGCACGACCAUAAAUCUCUCAUUUCCCUUGCUUUACUAAUCUAUAUAUGAUAAUGAUAUGAUGAGAGAAGCCAUAUACAGCAUUCAUUAAUUCCAUAUAUAACCUUAUAAAGAAGACAAUUCUUAUCCUUACAUCACAUUCUCUCACUAUUCUUGUUCUAUUCUGUGUUGUGUGUGUGGAAAAGAUGGGUAAAUUCUCUGUUUUGUUUUGCAUUAGCAUUCUUGUAGCUUUUGGGUCGGUCAUCAAUGGCUCGGAAGAGGAAAAGAUUAAAGUAUAUGAGCUCAAGAAAGGAAAUAUCUCCAUGAAGCUCACCAACUAUGGUGCCCAUAUCAUCUCUCUGUUUCUUCCAGACAAAAAUGGAAAGCUGGAAGAUGUUCUUCUGGGUUAUGAUUCUGCUGAGGAGUACAAGAAUGACACAUCGUACUUUGGAGCUACUGUUGGAAGGGUUGCUAAUAGAAUUGCUGGUGCUCAAUUUACUUUGAAUGGAACUCAUUACAAACUAGUCCCUAAUGAAGGGAAGAACAUGCUUCAUGGUGGCCCUAAAGGAUUCAGCAAAGUUGUUUGGAAAGUUAAAAAAUAUAAGCCAGAAAGCAAUGCCCCUUUCAUUAUCUUUACCUAUCACAGUCCUGAUGGCGAAGAAGGAUUCCCUGGAAAUCUUCAUGUGGCUGUGGGAUACACACUGAUUGGAGACAAGUUGAGUAUAACAAUGAAAGCAAAAGCUUUAAACAAGGCUACUCCAGUGAAUCUAGCCCAACAUGCCUACUGGAACUUGGGUGGCCAAAACAGUGGUGAUAUUCUGUCCGAAGAAAUUCAGAUCUUUGCUUCCCAAUACACUCCUGUUGAUAGCCAGCUUAUUCCUACUGGAAAAAUUGAAUCUGUGAAAGGAACACCAUACGAUUUCCUUGAACCCAACACCAUUGGAAGCAGGAUCAAGCAACUAGCUAAUGGCUAUGAUAUCAAUUAUGCCCUUGAUGGCAGUGAAAAGAAGAAAAUGAAGAAAGUAGCAAUUGUAAAGGAUAAGAAGUCUGGAAGAGUGUUAGAGCUGUUCUCAAAUCAACCUGGUGUCCAAUUCUAUACAAGCAACACUUUGAACCAGAAGGGCAAAGGUGGAUUUGUAUAUAAACCUCAUGCAGCUCUUUGCCUGGAGACUCAAGGAUAUCCUGAUGCUGUGAAUCACCCUAAUUUCCCUUCACAGAUUGUGAAUCCUGGGAAGUCUUACAAGCAUUACAUGCUGUUCAAGUUCUCCACUACUAGUUAGUUAUGAUUUUAGGACAUCAAUAAUUUCAUAGAAUGAUUUGGUGCAUUUCCAGAGUUUUAGCCUGAAACUAGGAAAUAAGUUUUACCUCAUCAUUUGAGGUCUUGUAGUAUUAGGCUGAGGCAAAUAAAUAAUUGUAGUGAAGACUUCAGAUACAUUCUAUGAUGCAGAAGAUUUUCUUCGUAUUGAUACUGAAAGACUUGAAUUCCAGCUAAGCUCACUAUACACUUAAUGAGAGUGGUAUGGUUUGAUCGUUGAGAUUAAAA